AUGCAGAGCGGACUGUUCCGGAACCCGGGUGUGCCCUGUGCCAGGUGGGAGACCGCACGGCCCCCUAGAAGUCAGCCAGAGAAGCUGCCGUUUGUGGAGCGUAGUUGGGGCUCCCUGCCAGGUUUCGAGUUCCGGGCGUGCCGGCCCCGCCCCCGCCCCGUCCCGUCCGCUGCCGGCUCCCCCUUGGGCUCCUGCAGGCCUUUCCCGAGCGCCCGCGUGGCCGGCGCUUCCCUGAAUCCUGGCGGCCCCUGUGCCCUGGCCUCCGGGUUGCAGACUCUGACCUGCCGCUGGUCGGCCUCGCUGAGGGUCUGUGUAGACACCUCGGGCCCACUUUGA